ACCCAGCUGUACAGAACCUAUCUUCCUCCACUCAAUGAAGAGUUCCACAUAAACGACGAUGUUGAACGUGAUCUUCAGAUUGCUCUUUUUGUUUGUCCUGGCAAUUUAUUUUUACAUAUUAGAAAUUUUUAAGCUGUUCUCUCCAGCAAAAAGGAAGGAUGUACGGAACGAGAUCGUGCUCAUCACGGGGGCGGGGCACGGAAUCGGCCGCGAGAUCGCUCUGGAGUUUGGCAGAUUAGGGGCGCGGGUUGUCAUAUGGGACAUCAACAAGAGUACAAACGACGCAACUGCAGAGGAAAUUAAGCGGAAUGGCGGUACAGCGUACUCUUACGUAUGUGACCUGACGAAGACAGACGAUAUUCGUACGACAGCGGACAAAGUUCGGCGGGAGAUCGGGGAUCCAUACAUUCUUGUCAAUAAUGCCGGGAUUCUAACAGGAGGGGAACUCCUUAAACUCAAGGAGGCUCACAUCAGACGCACCUUUGAAAUCAACACUUUGUCCCAUUUCUGGACUUGUCAGGAGUUCAUGCCGGCCAUGCUAAAGGACAACAGAGGGCAUAUAGUGACCAUAGCUUCCAUGUCAGCAAUGUCGGGUACAGCAUAUCUCGUAGAUUACAGUUCUUCAAAGUAUGCUGCUUUGGGAUUUGCUGAGGCUCUGAAUGAAGAACUUAGAACUAUGGGUAAAACUGGAGUAUAUACUACCACUGUAUGCCCAAUGUUUGUUGAUACAGGUCUUGUGAAACAACCAAAAGAUAGAGCAGGUAGAAUAUUAACACCUAAGGAGGUGGCUUUAUCAACGGUUGAUGGAGUACUAACCAAUGAAGAAAUAGUCUAUGUGCCUAAAAGAAUGAAAUUCCAAAUGACGCUUUCUGGAUUUUUCCCUAGAGACAUGAUUAAGUACACCAAAAAACUCUCAGGGGUUGGCAUCGAACCGCAAUAUGAGCCAACCACAUUUAAGACGGACUAAUGACAAAUACGUUACAAACUAGUCUUCCAUUUAUACAGUCUGCUAUAUUCAUAGAUGUUCAUUGUAAAUUGAUGUUGUACUUAAGAUAGACAGCAGCAAUUGAAUAAUGAGAAAAAUAUUAUUCAGAAUAUAUUUUAUUACAUAUUUGUCCUUAAAAUAAUCUUUUGAAACAUAAAUUAUUAGAUUUGGA